AUGGCGCAGCAAAACCCUCCACUGGACAGGGACAGAUACUGCUGUUCAAUCUGUCUGGAUCUGCUGCGUAAUCCAGGGACUCUCGCUUGUGGCCACAGCUACUGUUUGGACUGUAUCACGAAACACUGGGAAAAUGAGGCUAAGAGGGGAGUCUACAGCUGUCCCCAGUGCAGACAGACCUUCAAAAGAAGACCAGCUCUGGUAAAGAACACCAUUCUAUCCGAUGUCAUGGAGGAUCUCAAGAGAACACGACUGAGAGACGCUCCCCCUGACCACUGCUAUGCUGGACUUGAAGACGUGGGCUGUGAUGUCUGUACGGGGAGGAAGAUGAAGGCCAUCAAGACCUGUCUGGUGUGUCUGGUUUCUUACUGUGAGGAGCACCUCCAGAGUCACUAUGAAGUUCCAGGGUUGAAGAGACACAAGCUGGUGGAACCAGCAGCCGACCUUCAGGACAACAUCUGCCCCCGUCACAACGAGCUUAUGAAGAUUUUCUGCCGUCAGGAUCAACAAGUUAUCUGUCAUUUGUGUUCCCUUGAUGAACACAGAAGACACGACACAGUUUCGACCGAAGCUGAAAGAAAUGAACGUCAGAAGGAGCUCAGCGGGCAUCAGAGGGCUACACGGGCGAGAGUCAAGGAGGUUGAACAAGACCUUGAGGCUCUUCCACUGGAGAUGGACUCCAUCAUCAAGUCUGCUGAUGAAGCAGGGAAACGUGCUGAUGAGAUCUUUGCUGACUUUAUCCAUUCCGUUGAGGGACGAUGCUCUGAGGUUAAAGAAGAGACCAGGACCGAGAAGGAAGCUGGACUCAGGCGGGUCCAGGACCUGAGGAACAGCCUGGAGCAGGAGCUGAUCCAGAUGAAGGCGAGUGGAGAUGACCUGGAUCGUCUCUCCCAGACACAUCAUGUCACCUUUCUACAGAAAUAUCCCUGGAACUAUUCUAUCAGGAGGUCCACAGGCCAACCAACCAGAGACGUUCGUACAACACAGCACUUCAACAACUUGGCUGUGUAUCUGGCAGAGAUGAAGGAUAAACUGGAGCUAUUUCUCAAAGACAACAGCGCCCACCUUUCACUAGCAGAGGCUCUGGUGGAAGUAGUGGGCGUGUACCUGGACUACAGGGCCGGUACUCUCCGUUUCUACAGCAUCUCUGACAGCAUGACUCUGCUCCACGAGGGGAGUCAAAACACAUCAGUCAACAAUCAGACUUUAGCUGCUGUUGGAAGCGAAAUGGCGCAGCAAAACCCUCCGCUGGACCGGAACAGAUACAGCUGUUCAAUCUGUCUGGAUCUGCUGUGUAAUCCAGGGACCCUCACUUGUGGCCACAGUUUCUGUUUGGACUGUAUCACAAAAAACUGGGACAAUCAGGCUGAGAGGGGAGUCUACAGCUGUCCCCAGUGCAGACAGACCUUCGAAAGAAGACCAGCUCUGGUAAAGAACACCGUUCUAGCCGAUGUCAUGGAGGAUCUCAAGAGAACACAACUGCGAGAUGCUCCCCCUGACCACUGCUAUGCUGGACCCGAAGACGUGGGCUGUGAUGUCUGUACGGGGAGGAAGAUGAAGGCCAUCAAGACCUGUCUGGUGUGUCUGGUUUCUUACUGUGAGGAUCACCUCCAGAGUCACUAUGAAGUUCCAGGGUUGAAGAGACACAAGCUGGUGGAACCAGCAGACGACCUUCAGGACAACAUCUGCCCCCGUCACAACAAGCUCAUGAAGAUUUUCUGCCGUCAGGAUCGACAAGCUAUCUGUCAUUUGUGUUCCCUUGAUGAACACAGAAGACACGACACAGUUUCAGCCGAUGCCGAGAGAAAUGAACGUCAGAAGGAGCUCAGCGGGCAUCAGAGGGCUACACGGGCGAGAGUCAAGGAAGUUGAACAAGAACUUGAGGCUCUUCCACUGGAGAUGGACUCCAUCAUCCGGUCAGCUGAUGAAGCAGUGAAACGUGCUGAUGAGAUCUUUGCUGACUUUAUCCGUUCCGUUGAGAGACGAUGGUCUGAGAUAACAGAAGAGACCAGGACCGAGCAGGAAGCUGGACUGAAGUGGGUCCGGGACCUGAGGAAGAGCCUGGAGCAGGAGCUGGUCCAGAUGAAGGGGAGUGGAGAUGACCUGGAACGUCUCUCCCAGACACAGAGUCACGUCACCUUUCUGCAGAAAUAUCCCAGGAACUAUUCUAUCAGGAGGUCCACAGCCCGACCCACCAGAGACGUCCGUACAACCCAGCGCUUCAACAACUGGGCUUUGGCUCUAACCGAGAUGAAGGAUAAACUAGAGCUAUUUCUCAAAGACAACAGCGCCCACCUUUCACUAGCAGAGGCUCCGGUGGAAGUCUUACCCCCAGAACAGCCGCACACCAGAGCACAAUUCUUAACAUAUUCAUGUGAAAUGAGCAUCGACAACUCGCACAACUCGCCUGCUUCUGACUCAGAGUAA